UGGCCUCGCUGCCCUGUCUGUCGGUCUGUCUUUCCUUGCUGACCCUGACGCUUCCACCUUGGUAGCUCGGACGCCAGCGGCGGACUGGCCCCGCCUCCCCAGGCUGGCCUUGCAGGACGGAGCCGCGAGCCUGGACUUGACUUUCGGGCUGGCACGCAGUGUGAUCUUGGGCAAAUCUUACCUGCCUCAGUUUCCCUAUCUGCACCAUGAGAUUAGGGGUGGGAAGUGAAUUUAAUAAGUUGUAUAUGCCCCCCCCCCCCCCAGCUCUCACGUACCGAGGCUUUGUGACUUUCUGACAGGCUGGGGACGAGAACCAAAACCAAACCAAACCCUUUGCCGUGGAGUUGAUUCCGACUCGUAGCAACCCUAUAGCACAGAGUAGAACUACCCCAUAGGCUUCCAAGAAGCACCUGGUGGAUUCGAACUGCCGAUCUUUUGGUUAGCAGCCAUAGCUCUUAACCACUAUACCACCAGAGUUUCUGCUGGCCUUCUGCACUGGAGGGUUCUUAAAGACGCUCCCACGGGACACUGUUCCCCCAGGUCUUGGCCAUGAACUCUUCUGGAAGAAGGCAGCAGGAAGCAGCAGGGCCCAGGGCUAGAAGGGCUCACAGACUCCCUGAGCAGGACCGCGACGUGCAACUGUCCAAGGCUCUGUCCUACGCCCUGCGCCAUGGGGCCCUGAAGCUGGGACUUCCCCUGGGGGCAGAUGGCUUCGUGCCCCUUCGUUCCCUCCUGCAGCUGCCCCAGUUCCGAGGUUUCUCAGCUGAAGACGUGCAGCGUGUGGUGGACACCAAUGGGAAGCAGCGGUUUGCCCUGCAACCCGGGGACCCCAGCACUGGCCCUCUCAUCCGGGCCAAUCAGGGCCAUUCCCUGCAGGUUCCUGAGUUGGAGCUGAUGCCUCUGGAGACGCCGCAGGUCCUGCCCCCCGUGCUGGUCCAUGGCACGUUCUGGCAGCACUGGCCAUCCAUCCUGCUCAAGGGCCUGUCUUGCCGGGGAAGGACACAUAUCCACCUUGCCCCUGGACUACCUGGGGACCCUGAUGUCAUCAGUGGCAUACGGCCCAACUGUGAAGUGGCCGUCUUCAUCAAUGGACCCCUGGCCUUGGCAGGUGAGCCUGGAUGCAUCAGGGACUGGCCUAGGCCUUCAGGGAGGGCAGGAGUCACAACCCUGGCUCUCACUGCAGAUGGAAUCCCCUUCUUCCGCUCUGCCAAUGGCGUGAUCCUGACGCCAGGGAAUGCUGAUGGUGUCCUGCUUCCCAAGUACUUCAAGGCAGCUUUGCAGCUCCGCCCUACCCGAAAGCCCCUCUCUCUGUCCGGUGGUGAAGAGACAGAGUGUCAGAGUUUCCCCAAGCACAACCCAAGAAGAAGAGGGAUGGUCCAGCAAUAAAAUAUUUAUUUACACACACAAAAAAAUUUUAAAAUAUAACCAAAAAGACACUCCAGUUUAAAAAAAAAUGGGCCAUCAUUCUGUAGCGACAUUUGGUCUUCGUGGUGUGCUCAGGGACUCCAGAUAGGUCAGGGGUAUUGGUCUUGGCCACUCCGGCAAGGGAAGGGGGGCACUUCCCCUCCCCAGCCUGGGUGGUGGCAGAGUCUGGCCCAGUUAGGCCCCUGGUCUGAACAAAGCCAGGGUGAGGGCAGGUGAACGUGCGCAGCUCGGUGCAUGCCUGGCGAGGGUGCGGGCAGUGAGUCCCAGUGGCCGUGUGGCCAUGGCAUGUGUGAGUGGCAUGAGGCAGUGAGACAGCCCUAGAAGGCCUCGUGGCCCCCUGUAAGCUGCAGGAAAAGGUCCUCAUCCAGCUCCUCCCCGCGGGCACGCUCCCGCGUCGACAGGAAGAUAUAGCCCCCGAUGUACUCGUGCACAAUACGGCAGCUGGCAGACACACAGCUGAAGGCCACGUUGAUGUGCUCGUCAAACUCGAUGGCCACCUGAGGGCAGGCGGGCGGGCGGAGGGGCUAAGGUGGGAUGCAGGAGCAACCCCUCCCUGUCCUGGUGGGGUCAGGCCCCGCCCCCGGUGCUGUCCCCACUGUGUGCCCACCUGCCGGAUGUCCCAGUUGACGUUCCACUGACGCAUGUUGCUGAACCGCCAGGUCUUGACCACGUCACCCACGGCCAGGUCGAUGCGGAUCAGCCGGUUGUUGGCAAUGCCCAGGAUCUCGUCUUUCCUGCUGCCCUUGAACCUG